AUGAAGAGUGAGUGGGGUCCGGAGGGGCGAGGGGUGGCGGGGACCGAGUGGCCGCGGGGACCGGGCGAUCGGAGCGGCCAGGCGGCCGGCGGCCCAGGCGGCGUCUUCUGCGCUCUCCCGGAUUAUAGAACAAUUGGGAAAAUAGGAGAGGGAACGUUUUCUGAAGUUAUGAAGAUGCAGAGCCUGAGAGAUGGAAGGUACUACGCGUGUAAGCAGAUGAAGCAGUGCUUCAGCAGUGACAGAAAAUCUGGUUCUCUUGCGCUAAUAUGUGAACUUAUGGACAUGAAUAUUUAUGAGCUAAUACGAGGGAGAAGACAUCCAUUAUCAGAAAAGAAAGUGAUGCACUAUAUGUACCAGUUGUGUAAAUCCCUUGAUCACAUGCACAGAAAUGGAAUAUUUCACAGAGAUGUAAAACCAGAAAAUAUAUUGAUAAAGCAGGACAUCCUGAAGCUGGGGGACUUUGGGUCCUGCCGCAGCGCGUACUCCAAGCAGCCGUACACAGAGUACAUCUCCACGCGCUGGUACCGGGCCCCCGAGUGUCUGCUCACUGACGGCUUCUACAGCUACAAGAUGGACCUGUGGAGUGCUGGCUGUGUCUUCUAUGAGAUCGCCAGUCUGGAGCCCCUCUUUCCUGGAGUCAACGAGCUGGACCAGAUCUCUAAGAUCCAUGAUGUCAUUGGCACGCCGGCUCAGAAGACACUUACCAAGUUCAAACAGUCGAGAGCUAUGAGUUUUGAUUUUCCUUUUAAAAAGGGAUCAGGACUGUCUCUCCUGACAAGCAACCUGUCCCCUCAAUGCCACUCCCUCCUGUGUGCGCUGGUGGCCUACGACCCCGACGAGAGGAUCACUGCCCACCAGGCACUGCAGCACCCCUACUUCCAAGAGCAGAGCCCCCACCGCCAGCUCAGCCUGUACAAGCAGCUGUUGGCUUCUCAUGGGAGGCUUCUGCUGCCGAGAGACCGUCUGAUGGAGAAGUGCGAGCUGGCUGAGGCUGGCCGGCCCCACACAGCACCGUGCCUGCUGUGGGCUGGGGAGGGCAGGGCAGCUGAGAAGCAAACUGUGCCCGGCCACAAACACUGUGCCGUCCUGGAGCACCCUGCAGCCUUGGGACCCAGCAACAACAGCUGGCACUCGGCCAAGGAGGGCUGGAAGCAGCUUCAGUCUCGAAGGCCAGACGAGAGCUAUCCCCACAGACAAGGCCUGGCCUGCCUCCGGAGGCUGCCAAGCCUCCAGCUGCCAGGUGUCACCCAGCUGUCCUACUCCAGCCCCUCGCUGCACCGUGGCUUUGCCCCUGCAGCCCACAGAAAAGGGCCACCACUGCAGCCUCUGAAGUUCACCAGGACCAACAAGAAGACAGACACCCAGAAGGACAUGAAGCCGGACCUGAAGCCCUACCACCUGCCCACACUAGAGAGACGAGGAGGAGGCCAGGCCCACCACCCACCAGCCAGAGCCCGCCUUCCUGUGCCAGGAGCAGCAGCCUGCACCCCGCAGGACCACCCCGUCCAGGGCUCUGUCUGUGCCGUCUCUGUGAAGGGCCGUGAGCUCACAGGCACCUCCGAGGCCGCAUUCCGCCUGGCUCCGUGUCACACCUGCCUAGGCCCCCAGUUGUGUCGCGAGCAGAGGUGUAAACAGGCCAAUGCAGCUUCACAGGCCUCCAGCUGGGCUGCCUUGUCCCCGGGUGGCCUGGCCCACCUGGGCCUCUCAUGGGGGCGGCUGUACUGGAAGCCACGGCUGAGGACACUGUGCCUCAGUGGACUGUGGGGCCGGCACUGGGCUGGACGGGGAUCUGCUGCGGUCUCUCGGGGCAGUGACCGCAUGGCGUCUGAUCCUCAUGAUCUCAGCACCCUAGAGGAGUCAUGA